GUAUGCUACUCCUUGAAAUGUCAGUACCCUCGUUGUCUCUGCCGUCCCGAGCAGGCUGUUACUAGUUACCACAGCCACAAAGUCAUGGCUAUUGCUAAACCUCGUCUAUUUCCAAAAUGUUUCUUCUAAAAAAUCUGAUGUUAAACCUAACCUUAACCACACUGCUAACCUUGUGCCUAAACAGCACCUUAUAUUAAGACCAAAAAGCUUUUUUUUCAUACAUUUUUAUGAUAUCCAUUUUUACUUUGUGGCUUCAAUAACUAGUGACAACCGACCCGAGCGCCCCGUUCUGAACUUCAACAACGGUGAGAGGUCUGCUGAAGUUAAAACUGCACGGCGAACGAAGAGGCGCCCGCUUUCAUCACCUCGUUUUUUCUCAUUCUUGGAACGAUGGAGUUGAAUCCAAAGAGGACUGUUUUGACGUUGCUUUUGAUCCAAUGUUGGAGCAUCCCCCGGUCCCUGUCCUUUAAUGUGGGGACGGCAGGAGCCAAGGUAUUCUCUGGACCUGCCCUCGAGGAGUUUGGAUACACCGUGAAACAGUUCCGAAAUCACCAGGGAAAAUGGUUGCUGGUUGGUUCUCCCUGGAGUGGAUACAACCAGGACAGGAAAGGAGACAUCUACAAGUGUGAGAUCAGAGGGUCCAGUUCAGGCUGCCAGAGACUCAACCUGCAGAACUCAGUCAGCAUGUCAACAGUGAAGAACAUCAAUGUCAACAUGAGUCUGGGGCUAACCCUCACCCACACAGCUACAGAAGAUAAGUUCAUGACAUGUGGACCUCUGUGGGCUCAGAAGUGUGGCAGCCAGUAUUAUUACCCAGGGAUCUGUGCAGAAGUGAACCCUCUCUUCAACCCCCUGUCUUCGUUCUCACCCGCCCUUCAAACUUGUGGGGGUCCAAUGGAUAUUGCUAUUAUUGUGGAUGGAUCCAACAGUAUAUAUCCCUGGCCACCAGUUGUGGCUUUCCUCAAGAAACUGUUGGAGAAUUUAGAUAUUGGACCGGAUAAAACUCAGGCAAGUAUUAUACAGUACGGGGUUGAGCCAGUCGUUGAAUUCCAUCUGAAUGCCUACAAAACCAAAGACUCGAUCAUUGCGGCUGCAGCGAACAUUCUCCAGAGGGAAGGCCUGGAGACAAACACCUUCCGCGCCAUUGACUUUGCUCGACAGAACGCGUUCCUGCCCAGGAACGGGGCUCGACCCGGAGCCAGCAAAGUGAUGGUGGUGGUGACGGACGGAGAGUCUCACGACAAGAACCUCCGAGACGACGUCAUCAGGAAGUGUGAGAGUGAGAAGAUCACCCGCUUUGGUAUUGCUGUCCUUGGGUAUUACAUAAGGAAUGACAUUGACACUAAGAACCUGAUUGCGGAGAUCAAGUCCAUCGCCAGCACCCCGACAGAUAGGUAUUUCUUCAACGUAUCAGCUGAGGAGGCUCUGCUCGAGAUCGCUGGAUCUCUGGGAGACCGCAUCUUCAACAUUGAGGGUACUGGGAAAGGUGGUGACUUUCAGAUGGAGAUGUCCCAAGUGGGAUUCAGUGCCCACCAAACCAAGAAGCAGAACAUGAUUAUGCUGGGUGCCGUGGGGGCCUAUGGCUGGAGUGGUACUGUGGUUCACUACACCACCCAGAAAUCGGACAUCUUCCCCAAGACGGCCUUUGAGAGAAUCCUAGAGGACAGAAACCACAGCUCACUAUUAGGCUACUCUGUGACAACGCUGAAUGAUGGCAGCACAGAGUACUAUGUGGCUGGCGCUCCUCGGUCCAACCACACUGGACAGGUCAUAGUGUACAUCAUCAACGGCAAGGGACAACCCACCGUCAUCGACUCCCAGAGAGGAGACCAGAUAGGCUCCUACUACGGCAGCGUACUCUGUCCUCUGGAUGUGGAUAAAGAUGGUGUGUCUGAUCUACUACUGGUUGGAGCUCCCAUGUUCAUGAACGAACAGCAGAAGGAGAUUGGGAAAGUCCAUCUCCUCUCCUUCACAAAGGGCAUCCUAAGUGUUCAGGGGUUCCUGAAGGGUCCGUCCCCAGUGGAGAACGCUCGUUUUGGGAUGUCUAUCUCAGCGGUGCCUGACCUCAACAUGGAUGGCUACAGUGAUGUGGUGGUGGGAGCCCCACUGGAAGACAACAAUAAAGGUGUAAUCUAUGUCUUCAACGGGGACAAGAAGAGACUCAGGACACAGUAUUCCCAGAAAAUCCUGGGCUCCAAGCUGGACCCUGCGUUGCGGUACUUCGGGAGGUCUAUGGACGCCAGCUCUGACUUAAACGAUGACACCAUACCAGAUGUCUCAGUGGGGGCUUAUGGAAUGGUGGUCCAGCUCUGGUCUCGGGGUAUGGCCGUGGUGACAGCAAGGGCAACCUUCAACCCUGACACGGUCAGCAUCCUGAGUAAGACGUGCAGGGUCAGUGGGAGGCUGGUGUCCUGCUUCAACACCUCAGUCUGUUUCAGCGCCACCUUCAGGCCCAAGAUACCUGUAGGACCUGUGGCUCUCAGGUUCAACCUGACCCUGGAUGCUGAGCUCCAGUCGUCUCGUGUCACCUCCAGAGGUCAGUUCAGGAACUCAGAGAGAGUCCUGCAGAAAGACAUCCGGGUUUCCACCGGGGAGGUCUGUGAGACACUAGAGGUCUUUGUCCAGGAGGCCCCUGACUUUGUGAGCUCAAUCGGUCUGCGUGUGGACAUCACUCUGCAGGACCCAGACUCCAGUCCUGUUCUGGAUGUUCUCAGUCCCACUGCCUGGGAGUUCUUUAUCCCAUUCUCCAAAGACUGUGGCUCUGACGAUGUGUGUUUGAGUGACCUGCUCUUGAAGUUGAAGAAAGGAGAGAUGAUUCCCAGCUCGUCUAGGAUGCUGGUCAGCUUCAAGGACAAGAGGCUCUCCUUCACUGUGUCUGUGACCAACAAGAAGGAGAAUGCGUACAACACCCAAGUCACGGCCAUGUACUCCAAAAACCUCUUCUACGCCUCCAUCAGUCCUCCAAGUGAUGGAACAGAGGUGAAGUGCACCUCCACCAAGGAGUCUCUUACCCUCUCAUGCCAGGUGGGGUACCCAGCUUUAAGGCAGAACCAAGAGGUGACAUUUGGAAUCAACUUUGACUUCAACCUGAAUCAACUGCAGACCGAAGCCGACGUGAGCUUUGAAGCUCUAAGUGACAGCACAGAGGCGAACCCGUCAGACAACCAAGCCUCUAUCUCCGUCCCUGUCCACUAUGACUCAGAGAUCUCCCUCUCCAGGGAAGCCAAUCUCAACUUCUAUGUGGUUGACAUGGACAAUGAAGCGAAGACCGCAAUUAAUACCUUCAAUGACAUCGGUCCGGAGUUCAAAUUCUCUCUGAAGGUCUCUACAGGGAACUUCCCAGUCAGUCUGGCCUACCUCACAGUCUCACUGCCCAGUGCUACAGCGAGAGGGAACCCAUUGCUGUAUGUGACAGGAGUCAAAAUGGAACCUGCUGGCGAAGUGAGCUGUGAAGUAACCAGCCUCGUCAACCCUCUGAAGAUCAGUGAGAAGCCUUACACAGCAUCCUUCUUCAAGGAGAACCUAAUGGGCACAGAGGAUCUGAACUGUAAGACAGCCAAGUGCCAGCCUAUGAAGUGUGUCCUGAAAGACAUGGGGAUAAAGAGCGAUUUCUUCGUGAACGUGACCACGCGGAUCUGGAACGGCACCUUUGCUGCUUCAUCCUUCCAGUCCACUGUGCUGACUGUGAGCACAGAGAUAGAGACCUCCGAGCCUGAGCUGCUGGUCGUCUCUCACAAGCACCUGACGGUUGGCGUCACCAUCAGUAAACCAGGGGUGAAAGGAGAGGUGCCUGUAGGUGUUAUUGCGGGCAGUGUGAUUGGAGGCCUGCUUCUAUUGGCUCUGGUCAUUGGCCUGCUUUGGAAGUUUGGCUUCUUCCGGAGAAAGUACAAGCAGCUGAUGCAGAACACUGAGGAGGAUGAGGCAGAGACCGAGGGACUGGAGAACCAGGCACGGGAAAGAACCCAUCUCGGAAACGACAAUGUGCCUACAGACUGAGAACACAUAAUGACCAACGAACCACAACCACACAUAAACAGUAACUGAACAAACAUGAGUUGUACAUACUUAUUGAGCCAAGGGCUUGUUAGUGGAAAGGGGCUGUCUGGUUGGGUUGGUGGCUUUAAAAUGGUUUGGGUUGUGAAGUGAACGGAGUGUUUUGAGUGAGCAGAAAGACAUUGGCCCUCUGACCAUCAAACACAUCCAUACAAAGACCCCAUUAUGUCUGCCAUCUUGGAUCCUCUAUAGGAAAGUAAAUAAUCUACGGUGCAUUUUUUACUUGCUAAACUCAUACUUGGGUACUGGUUUAUUUUUGUUCAAAUAAUUGUUGCUUUUAAGUCAUAGGCCUAUUGUUGGAUAAGAAGCUUGUGUAUAGUCAUUUGUCAUCUCUCUGGAUGUUACUGUGCAAUUUACUGUGCAAUUGGUUGGAAAGCACAGAAGUAUAUUAUAAAUAUCCUUUCAAAUGGAUAUGGAAAAUAGCCUACGCAUAAGAGAUUGUAGACACUCGGCAUGGUUAUCAUAUGUUGGCAUUUGGCAUGCUCAGCGUUUCCCUUUGCAAUGGGAGGGGCUUGACAUUCCGUUGAUGCUGAGGCAUCCUUUUUAAAAAAAAAAAUGUUUUUUUUUAAUGUGUGCGCCUCAUAGCAACAUUUGAACAGAAUCCACAACCCUUCUUUCCUACUUUCACUGGUGCACUUCCUGCCUCUGAGUAUCUCAGUCGCUGUUUUCCAGGGACAACACUGUAUAGUAACCCCAGCCGUACAACUGUGAAGACACUGUCUUUAGAAAAUACACUGUAUUCAGAUCAGAGGACUAUAAAAAUGGAUGGAUUUACUAUUUGUAAAAAUGUUGCGAUAUCAGAGCAAAAGGCCGUUUUUGAAUGUGUAGAAAAUGAGAAUAUUUAUUGUGCGACUUAAAUAUGAAAUAUGUAUCAUUCAAAUACAUUAUCAUCCAUUUAAAAAGUGUUUUACUUAUUCCCGACACAGUGAAAGUAGAAAUAAAAUAUUGGAAGCGUG